CCGGAGCUCAGCUGAAAUCACAUGCAGAGGAACGGCUGGGUUAAGCAUCGUGGACCUGGAGGCUGGUGUAGCAGCAAAUGUUGCGAUUGCUAGUCCAAUUUUCGAACUUCAAGUCGCCAACAACUGCAUUCUGCACAUAAUCUUGCUGCUCCCACGCCCUCACUGGUGCUGCUGCUCCUGCCGGCAGCUCUCUUGUGCACGCCUGCAUCCCCCUCCUCUGGCGCUACAGCUGAGCUGCCACUCUGGUGGCUCUGCCUUGACUCCUCCCUUCCUGCAGUGCUGGCCUGCCCUGCCUUCCGCCAUGGCUGCUGAUGCUGAUGGAGGCCCCCACCCCGACGGCACUGCCAAUGGUGCGGACGCGGGGUCGGUGUACCCCCCCCCCACCAACCCGAUGGUCACGGCGCUGCUGACGGACAUGUACCAGAUCACCAUGGCCUACGCCUACUGGAAGGCGGGCAAGCACGAAGAGCCCUCCGUGUUCGAUCUGCUGUUCCGCAAGAGCCCCUUUGGCGGGGAGUACACCGUGUUUGCUGGCCUGGAGGAGUGCAUCCGCUACGCCGCUAACUUCCGCUUCACCCCCGCUGACCUCGCCUACCUGCGCACCGUGCUGCCCUCCACCACCGAGCCUGGCUUCUUUGACUACCUGGCGGCCCUGGACGCGCGCGCGGUGCGCAUCGAGGCCAUUGCGGAGGGCAGCGUGGUGUUCCCGCGCGUGCCGCUGAUGCGCGUGGAGGGCCCCCUGCUGGUGUGCCAGCUGCUGGAGACCGUGUUCCUCACCCUCGUCAACUUCGCCUCCCUCGUGGCCACCAACGCUGCGCGCCACCGCGCCGUCGCCGGCCCCGACAAGACGCUCCUCGAGUUUGGCCUGCGCCGCGCACAGGGCCCCGACGGCGGCAUCUCCGCCUCGCGCUACGCCUUCCUCGGCGGCUUCGACGCCACCAGCAACGUUGAGGCGGGCCGCCUGUUUGGCAUCCCUGUGCGCGGUACGCACGCGCACGCGUUCGUGAGCUCGUUCCUGAGCCUGGCCGACCUGCCCGAGCGCAGCCUGCCCCGCGCUGACGGCACGCGCUGCGACGACUUUGUCAGUCUCGUGCAGGGCAAGCUGAGGCAGCUCAAGGAGACGCCUGCGGUGGCGGGCUGGUUUGGCGAGACGAACGAGAGCGAGCUGGCCGCGUUCAUCUCGUACGCGCAGGCCUUCCCGCGCGCCUUCCUGGCCCUCGUGGACACCUACGACGUGAUCCGCAGCGGGCUGCCCAACUUCGUGGCGGUGGCGCUGGGCCUGGCGGAGUGCGGCUACCGCGCGCUGGGCGUGCGCCUCGACUCGGGCGACCUGGCGUACCAGUCCAAGGAGGCGCGCAAGCUGUUCCGCGGCGUGGAGGCCGCCUUCCACGUGCCCGGCUUCGGCAGCAUUGGCGUGACGGCGAGCAACGACAUCAACGAGAGCACGCUGGAGGCGCUGAACAAGCAGGGCCACGAGAUCGACACGUUCGGCAUCGGCACGCACCUGGUGACGUGCUACGCGCAGCCCGCGCUGGGGUGCGUGUACAAGCUGGUGGAGGUGCGCGGGCAGCCGCGCAUCAAGCUCAGCGCGGACAUCGACAAGGUGACCAUCCCCGGGAAGAAGCGCCCCUUCCGCCUCUACGGCAAGGAGGGCGUCGCGCUGGUGGACCUGCUGGUCGGCGACGACGAGCCGCCCCCGCGUGCAGGCGAGCGCAUCCUGUGCCGCCACCCCUUCCUCGAGUCCAAGCGCGCCUACGUCGCGCCGCAGCGCGUGGAGCCGCUGUACCACCUCUACUGGGCCGGCGACAAAACAGGGAAGGGCGUGCAGCCGCUGCCGGCGCUGGCCGCGCUCAAGGAGCAGUGCAAGCAGGAGCUGGCGGCCAUGCGCAGCGACCACCUGCGCGCGCUCAACCCCACGCCCUACAAGGUGAGCGUGACGGCGCGGCUGUACAAUUUCAUCCACGACCUCUGGCUCAACGAGGCGCCCGUGGGAGAGCUCGCGUAAGGCCGGCCCUGAGGACUCGCUCUCCUCAUAGCGUUCGCUCGCUACUGUAGGUUGUUCUCUAGUAGCCGGCCACCAUGUGAGCGAAUCAUUUUAGUACAGUCGUAACAAUUAGAGUGCCAUUGUGUAGCAUAGCCCAUCUAGGUGUAAACAGGCAAAGUAAACGAGAGAACGUGUAUCACUGCAAAUCUAGGUAGCGUGUACGGAAUUGCUAGCAACAAAGUCAGAUAAGUGAAAAUCGCGGGAGCGAGACUAGCUUGAGAGAUUCAUUGCGUGAACAUGAACCGGAGUUUUAAUUGUUGCCAGGAAUGACACAA